AUUGACAAUAAGCGGAUAAUGGCUCAAAUUUGGGAUACUGCUGGUCAGGAACGAUUCAAAACCGUCACAUCCGCUUACUAUCGUGGAGCCCAAGGAGCUCUGAUUGUUUACGAUAUCACAAAGCCGAGUUCGUUUGAUUCUUGUCUACAGUGGUUGAACGAUCUAAGGGAGCAGUCAGAACGAGUAUCGGUGGUACUAGUUGGGAACAAAACUGACUUGAGGGACGUGAGGAAAAUUCCACAAGAGUUAGCUCAAAGGUUCGCUGAGGAACAUGGACUUUCAUUUAUCGGUGAGUAUGUCUUGCUGUUGUUGUCAGCAAUUUGCUCCUCAGGUGUUGAUGUACUUAUUAGCGAAGUGGUAAUUUCUUCACAUUUUUAUUUCAAAUAUUGA